GUCAUUUAAAAAAAGAAGAAUAUUAGUACCUAAUUCUGAUUGAAGUUGUUUAUCAAAAAUUAAUUGAUAAAUAAAAGGAUGCCGUUACCUCCAGCUUUAGCGGCGAAAUUAUCUAAAAGAGGUAUUAUUCAGAAUAAACACAAAUCAAAUGAACCCGUAAAAAAACAGGAUUUCAAAGGUUUAUCGAGUUGUCCAAAUAAAUCUAACAUAUAUCAUGAAUGCAAUUUGUGGUGUGAAACGCAUUGGAAAGGAGUACAAACACCUGACCCUAAAUAUUUCAGAAAUAUACAAAAAUUAUUAGUAAAAUUUCCGUUACCCUCAAAUUGGACAGAAAUAUUUGACAAGGGAACUGGUAGAUAUUAUUACUGGAACAUGGAAAACGAUCUCGUUUCAUGGCUUCCACCAAAACAUCCUAAAUCUAUAAAAUGCCAAAGUGCAGCGAAACUUCGAGAAAACAGACUCAAAAUGAGGGAACGCGAAGAACGAUUAGAAAAAGAAAAGGAAAACGAAAAAAGAGAUAAAGACAGGGAUCGAGAUCGUGAAAGUUCAGAUGAGGAAGAAAGAAGCCACCGUAGAAGAGAAAGGGAACGUGAAAAGGAGAGGGAAAAAGAAAGAGAAGAACGAAAAAGACGUAGGGAGGAAAGACACAGAAAGAGAAAAGAAGAAAUCGAUCCUAUGGAUCCUGCUGCUUAUUCUGAUAUACCUCAAGGUGGAUGGAGUGAUGGUUUAGAAAACAAUAAAACCAGAGCAGAUAAUACUGCGUCUGGUGUUCUUUUUCAACAAAGACCAUAUCCCGCACCUGGAGAAGUGCUAGCUGCAAACAAAGAAAAAGCCAAAAAGGAAAAAUAGUUUUUAUAUGUCAGAUAUUUUGUCUCUCGUGCAUCUUACUUAGGCUUUUAGAUUGUCUAAUCCAGAAUUGAUCAUAAAAUAUUUUUUUCAUUCGUUUCUUGCACUAAUUUUUUGUUUUUAUCAUUGUUUUGGCAUUUAAUUUGUUUUUCUUUGUAUACUUGAAUUUUCUUGUAAUUUCCUCCGAAAUAUCACAAAUUUUUGUUUUCUUAACCCUUCUCAAGGUUUUCCUAUUCCUCUGUGCUUAUUUUCUGGUAUUUUGUUUCCUCUCCAAGCUCUUUUGUAUAAUUUGAGCCAUAAUUCUGUUGCCUCCGUUUCUUUAUAUACUUUUUGAUCAAUUUCUUUCAAAAUAUCAUAAAUUUUCUUUUUUUUUUUAACCCUCUUCAAGAUUUUUUCAUUUUUCUGGUGUUUUGUUUUCUCUCCAAGCUCUUUUGUGUGCGUUCAGCGUUAAUUCUGUUGCCUUUUGUCCCACUUUCUUCUUAUUUCCCUAGUAUUCAUUUUCAGAUAUUCCAAAUUUAUCCUCGUUGUUGGUUGUUAUUUAUUUUUCUCCAUUAUACAGUGAAUGUAUAAUAUACAUUUUUGAUCAUUUUCCACUUUCUUAAAUAUUUUUCACCAAUUCUUUCCAGAUAUACAUCAAUUUUUUUGAAAUGGAUAUUAUUGAGAUAACUGAGAAAUUUUGAUGUUUAACGGAUGUAGAGACAACAGGAAACAAUUUUGAGGAAAAUCUAUUCAAGCAUGAAACGACUAAUCGAAAACACAAACUGUUUAAUAGACUUAGAAAUACAAUAAAGUAAGAUCAUUUAAAAAAUAAAAAAAAAAACAAA